GGUCCAUUGACAUUCCAGGAUGUGACUGUGGACUUCUCCCAAGAGGAGUGGGAAUGUCUGGACACUGCUCAGAGGGCUUUGUACAUUGAUGUGAUGUUGGAAAAUUACAGCAACCUGGUUUCUGUAGAUAACUAUUGCAAAUAUGAUCCAGUCUAUCAACGUGGGAGGAUUGAAAAUGUGUCUUGUCAGUGUAAUUGGCUUGGUAAAAUUGUUCAUGACCCCGCCACAUGUGCUUGUUAUAAAACAAGUGAAACUCCUGAAAACUCUGAUAACUACAAGUGCAGUAAUCACAGGGAAACCUUUAUUGAGUCUUCAAACCCACAUAGACAUGAAAGCAUGCACACUGGAGAAGAACCUUGCAAAUCUAAAGAUUGUGAGGAAUUCUUAAAUUGGAGUUCCAAUCUUACUCAAGAUCAGAGACUCUACACUGCCAAGAAAGAACACAGGCAGGGAGAAUAUGAUGAUUACUUCAGCUCUGCAUACAGUCUUUUGCAGCAACCAAUCUACAUUGGAGAGAAACCACACCAGUGUGGGAUGUGUGGGAAAUGCUUUAGAAAUGCCUCAAUCCUCACUGUACAUCAGAAAAUUCAUUCUGGGGAGAAGUCUUACAAAUGCACAGAUUGUGACAAAUCCUUUACCUGGGCCUCAUUUCUUAGAGGACAUCAGAGAGUUCAUACUGGAGAGAGACCUUACAGAUGUAAGGAAUGUGACAAAUCCUUUUCCCGUUGCUCAAAUCUUAGAAGACAUCAGAGAAUUCACACUGGGGAGAAACCUUACAAAUGUAUGGAAUGUCACAAGUCCUUUAUCCAGAACUCACAACUUAAAACACAUCAGAGGGUUCAUACUGGAGAGAAUCUUUACAAAUGUAGGGAAUGUGACAAAUCUUUUACCAAGUGCUCAAAUCUUAAACAACAUCAGAAAAUUCAUACUGGAGAGAAACCUUACAAAUGUGGAGAAUGUGACAUGUCCUUUACACAGAAAUCAAAUUUUAAAAGACACCAGAGAAUACAUACAGGAGAGAGACCUUAUAGUUGUGAGAAAUGUGAUAAAUGCUUUAGUAGUUGUGAAAAUCUUAGGCGUCAUCAGAGGGUCCACACUGGGGAGAGACCUUACAAAUGUAUGGAAUGUCACAACGCUUUUAUCCAGUACUCACAUCUUCAAAAACACCAGAGGGGUCAUACUGGAGAGAGGACUUAA